UCGCUUUAUGAUCUAAACAUUUGACUUUUUUUUAUUUUAAAGAAUAUACAGAUGGUCGGUUUGGUGCGCGUGUGUCUUCCGCGGUUCGGACGAUAAGAUCCAGUGGAGCGUUUUUCUGGCUGCACCACCUACUUGCCACCAAAGAUGGCGGUUUGCUGAGUGCUCAUGGAUACACACACAUUUCGCGGCUAGCCGUUAUCGCAUCCAAAACUCUGUAGACACGCUGAAUUCUGGACGAGCCAAAGUUUUCCCGAGCCCGUAGAAGCCCACUUGUCCGACCGCUACCAUGCAGAUCACACUAAAGACUCUGCAGCAGCAGACGAUCCAGAUCGAGAUAGACCCUGAACAAACGGUGAAGGCUUUGAAAGAGAAGAUAGAGGCGGAGAGAGGGAAAGAUAACUUCCCCGUCUCUGGGCAGAAGCUGAUAUACGCCGGGAAGAUCCUGCAGGAUGACACGCCCAUCAAGGACUACAAAAUAGACGAGAAGAACUUCGUAGUAGUAAUGGUGUCGAAGGCAAAACCAACAGCUGCCGCCUCACCUCCGACCACCUCAGAAGCCCCAAAACCCCCCGCGCAGGAGUCCGCCCCGACGACAACAACCACCACCACAUCCACAACAGCACCCGCCGCUCCAACCCCCGCCCCGGAGCCAGACCCCCCAGUGUGUCCGCAGCCCGCCAGCCAGCCAGCGAGCUCUGGAGAAGGCAGCCAGGGCCUGGACGCCUCCUCUGCCCUCGUGACGGGAGCUGAGUACGAGGUCAUGCUGACGGAGAUCAUGUCCAUGGGCUACGAGCGGGAGCGUGUGGUGGCGGCGCUGCGGGCCAGCUUCAACAACCCCCACCGGGCGGUGGAGUACCUGCUGACUGGCAUCCCCAGCAGCCCGGUCCAGGAAAGCAACCCUCCGGCUCAGGCGCCGUCCUCCGGGCCCGCGGACCCCCUGUCUCUGGCUGAAGGAGACAACCCCCUGGCCUUCCUGCGGACCCAGCCCCAGUUCAUGCACAUGAGGCAGGCCAUCCAGCAGAACCCGGGCCUGCUGCCCACCCUGCUGCAGCAGCUGGGCCGAGAGAACCCUCAGCUCCUGCAGCAAAUCAGCCAGCACCAGCAGCUGUUCAUCCAGAUGUUGAACGAGCCCAUCGGCGAGGGCGGAGACGUGCCUGAGGUGGCAGAGAUGGGGGCGGCCGGAGAGGAAGGAGCGCCCGUCAACUACAUCCAGGUCACACCUCAGGAGAAGGAAGCCAUCGAGAGGUUAAAAGCGCUGGGUUUCCCGGAGGCCCUGGUGAUCCAAGCCUACUUCGCCUGCGAGAAGAACGAGAACCUGGCGGCCAACUUCCUCCUCAACCAGGGAGCGGACGAAGACUGAAGAGUGGAGCGCACCUCUUCCCCCCCGCCGUUCCCAGGGACUGCACCCCCCUCCAGUCACUGUGCAGCCAAGGGGAGGGGAGGGGGGAGUGUGUGUGGGGAGGGCGGGGGGGCGGACACCAAGAGGGACUCGUGGCACGUCAGGUCAGGGCUGAGGGAGGGGGGCACCAGUGGACGAAUCGGAAUAUCCACCUGAAUUCCAAUGGAAUGUGUGGGAAGAGAUUUGAUUUGAUUUUAGAAGCUUUGUGAACGGUGGGAGGGGGCGGGGCAACUGUGUGCGUGCGUUUGUGUGUGUGUGUGUGUGUGCGCGCGCGUGUGAGAGAGAUGCAGUUAAUCUGACAAACAAAAGAAUCGUGUAUCACUCUGCAUCAUCUGAGUGUGUCUGUGCUGCAGCCGGGCGCCAGCUCGUCGGUCGCCGUCCGUCCGUCCGUCUGUCUGUCUGUCCGACCGGAUCACGCCGCUCCUCUUCCCAGUCACAUCAAUCUUCCCAGAGUCACCGGCCCGGUUGUGCUGCGUGACCACUUUGCAUCAUGUGGGUCCACUUUGAUUUCCUUUCCAGUCCCGUCGCGUGUGUGUGUGUGUGUGUGCGCGCGUGCGUGCGUGUGUGUGGCGGCAGUUUGUACCGACGACUGGCCUGCAGCAUGGACGUCAUCUUCGACUUUGCUGUGCUCCAUUAAACAUCAGCAGUCUUUCAGCCGUCUGCGCCUCUUUUCUCCUCCCCAUCUGAACUGACGUCUGUUCGUCACGUGACUGACGCCCGAGUCUGCUGCCACCUACUGUCUAGGAGCAGGUAGCUCAUC